ACAGCUGGUUUGUAUAUAAUAUAAAUAUAGUUGCUAGUUUGCACUCCCAUGCAUUACUUUCAAGGAAAUAUGGCAGAUAGUGGUAUUAAUAUAUCAUAAGGAGUAUUUACAGUCUGGUUGGCUUGGGUAUUUGACGGUCGCGACGCUUGUACAAAAAGAUUUAUUGAGAAAUUCACUGUAACCUACACCGAAGUGAAAGUAAUAUGGAUGUUUCACCUGGUUUUCAAGGCAGCAGUGAUGCAGAACACCCGAAAGCUGUCAUAAAGAAGCAGGAUCGACGAUUACAGUUGGCGAAGUUAGCCAUCAUCGCUUUCGUUUCCAUAGGAACCGUCGUACUAAUCAUCAUUGAUGUCAUCCAGACCGGCAAAUCCUUUCAAAAGAAACAAGAGCUGACUCAUAAAAUCCAAGGGAGUAUUGAUACAGCAUUGGUUAUCCACAACUUGCAAAAGGAAAGAGGAAUGACAGCUUUACAGUUGGGUUUCAGGCAAUUGAAUUUUAAAGACAAACGAAUAAAAUUGCGCGAAAUUAGACUCAAAACGAAUGAAAGCAUUGCUAUACUAGAGAAAAGGGAUGACGAUGAGUACAGUACGCUGGCCGAAGGGAAAAUACCAUUUCCAAACGUUUUGGAAGAAUUCCGACGUAAAAUUGAUAACGGUCAAACAAGUGCUUUCGACCAAUUACUAACAUACCGAAGAUGGAUAACAAAGCUCAUUUCAACACUAACUGAAUAUACAAAAUCCAGAAACUUGGAGGAUUAUGCAAACUUGGUUUACGCAUACGAGAUGGUGAUUCUUAGCAAGGAAGAGGCAGGAAUGGAACGAGCUGUUGGUGGUUUAAAUUUCAUUCAAGGAAGCGAUUAUACAUGUAUCAACACAACAUUGUAUACAGAAAAACGUGUUCUGGCUGAAAAAUAUCUUGAAGCUGGAUUUCUGUUUUCCAGCGAGUUGAGAAACACAUAUUUUUCGUUAUUUGCCAACACUUCGCACUGGAUGGAAAAGAUUGCAAAGAAAAGAAAGAUUUUAUCGAGCACAUAUAACUCUUCUGAUCUGGAAGCUUACGAAUGGUUUGACUUGAUGACGAGGUAUGGUGACUUGAUAUUGAAAUUACAACUGCGACAGGCUGACUUCAUUGAAGCGAAGGUGCAAGAGAAAAUGUAUGAAAGCACAUAUCAACUAGUGAUUCGUUCGCUGCUUCUGUGUUUCACCUUGAUUAUCACACCGUGUAUUAUUAUAUCGUUAGCGAGGGUUCAGAAACGUUUUUAUGAAUACACGUUGUCGUUGUAUGAUAAAGUUGAAUUGGAGCAAGGAAGAACUGACUUCCUAAUGAGAGAAAACGCCAGACAUGUAGAAAAUUUGGCUGAAAAGUGGAAAGGUUUCUCUCACGAUGAAGCAAGCAAGUCAGACAAAUGAAUUAUAAAUUCUUCUAAUGAACCAAUGUUAGUUGUUUUCAUUGUUGAUGUAAUGAAUUCUAAAUCAUAAAAAUAUCGUAGGAUUAGCAUACGUAAUAUUAUGCGAUGGCGUGCAACAUCUCAUGGUUAUUUGUUUAUUACUAGCUUGAGAAAAUCGUAAAAAUUUUACUGAAGCUUUAGCCUUUGCUGCAAGCCAGUAUUUUUCUUUACCUUCUGUUAGUCUAUUUGUCUUUUUAAGUUCCUCCAGUCAAGGGUGCAUUCCAUUUUAAAAUUUGGAGGAGGGAGGACUUUCAAAAUGAUUAAUGUUAUAUUAACUGAAUUAAUGCGGUGUGUAUUAUAUUCAGUCAUAAGAGAGCAAAUAUGUAUACCAUUGCAAGUGGCCAACGAUCGGGUCGAGCAGCCAAUCCAGUAAUGCACUGCGAAAAUAGAUUGUGUAGUUUAAAUAUUUUACUAUUAAGUAUUUUACUAUUAUGUUAACAUUAAAUAUGCGGGAAUAAUUAGAUAUUUGUCCCGGCCCCCACCCAAAAAAACUGGGAUGACGCACCACCAGCAGCCUCCCAUCCUCCCAGGAUUGACGGCCUUGUCAUGAAUACACAAAUGCAUGAAUGCCUGGCUCGAAAUUAAUCGUGUUCCACCUAUGUUAAUUAAACUAAAUUUAGUUAUUUUAAUUAAAUUUACUUAAUAUUGAUCACAAAUAAAAAUAGAGAACGUAAACCUGGUCCUGUGCAACAGAGAUUUCUCUUUCAACAGGGAGGUUUUUAAUCGCUUAAACGUUCUUUU